AUGGCUACAGUUUGGAGCGGCUGCAGCACGAGCUACGGCUCCUUCGGCCAAGAGCUGCCCCCGCGCGGCAAGGGGUGCGGUGGUGAUGGCACAAGAUUCCGUCCGCGAAGCGGAGGCCAGAUCAGUGGCGACGCCCACCUGGCACAAGGGCUAAGCGCCGCCAUGGUUACGGUCGGAGCUUGCGUUUGUAGGGCGGCUCCAUGCUUACUUGAUUCGGAGGUCGACGGGAAGGAGGACGUCGGCGUUGGGUUUUGGGCGGUCGAUGGUGAACGGCACGCUGAUGGCCAUGAUGGUGGCAAGAGGCGCGAGCCGCGUCGGCGUCCGACGAGGCCGACCGUUUUUCAGGAGGAGGUGGGCACAAGAAGUGCUCCACCGGCGAUGGCGUCGGAGCCGGACAGGAAAUCUGAGCAUGGGGCGUCGAGGCUGCACUUCUUGGAGGAGAGGGACGAGGAGACGCUGUCCAGAAGGUUGAUAAAGCUCAGCCAAAACAACAAGGUCAGGAGUGCCACUGAGCUGUUUGAUUCAAUGCGCGCAUCUGGGCUGCAGCCAAGCGCACAUGCCUGCAACUCCCUGUUGGCUUGCUAUGUGCGGAGAAGUUCAUUGGCGGAUGCAAUGAGGUUGUUUGAGUUCAUGAAGGGGAAAGGAAUGGCAACAGGGCACACGUAUACCUUGAUACUCAAGGCUGUUGCGAGCAAUCAGGGUUAUGUUUCUGCAUUGGAAAUGUUCAAUAAGAUUGAGGAGGAGGAAGAUUCAAAGAAAAUCAUUGAUGUGAUUGUUUAUAAUACAAUGAUAUCUGUGUGUGGAAGAGCAAAAGAAUGGAUGCUUGUGGAGAGACUAUGGAGAAGGCUAGAGGAGAAUUCUUUGAGUGGGACUUUGCUGACAUAUGAUUUGUUAGUCAGCAUAUUCGUGCAAUGUGGACAGUCUGAGUUAGCAAUUGCCGCAUAUCAGGAAAUGCUCCAGAGCGGACUAGAUCCGAGCGAGGAUAUAAUGAAGGCUAUCAUUGCUUCCUGCACUAAAGAAGGGAAGUGGGAGUUUGCACUGUCCACAUUUAGUAGAAUGCUGAGUGCUGGCAUGAAACCCAGUUUAAUUUUGUUCAAUUCAAUUAUCAACUCACUAGGGAAGGCUGGUCAAGAUGAACUCGCCUUUAGGAUGUACCAUCUUCUGAAAAAAUCAGGCCUUAAGCCUGAUCAAUAUACAUGGAGUGCACUGUUGUCGGGAUUAUACAGGUCUGGGCGAUGCUGGGACUGCCUAGAGCUUUUCCAAGGAAUCAAAGCCAAGCAUCCGACGCUCUUAAAUGAUCAUCUCUAUAACAUUGUUUUGAUGUCUUGCGAAAAGCUUGGUCAAUGGGAACAUGGUUUGCAGCUGUUGUGGAUGAUGGAAAAAAGUGGACUGAAAAUAUCAGUGGUAUCUUACAAUCAUGUGAUAGGUGCUUGUGAGGUUGCUAGCGAGCCAAAAGUUGCUCUUAAAGUGUACCAGCGCAUGAUUCAUCAAAGGUGUUUGCCAGACACAUUCACACAUUUAUCUGUUAUACGAGCUUGCAUCUGGGGAUCUCUUUGGACUGAAGUGGAGGAUAUAUUAGAGGAGGUGGCUCCAGACUCUUCGAUCUACAAUGCGGUCAUCCAUGGGCUGUGUUUGCGAGGCAAGAUCGGGCUGGCCAACAGGGUGUACGCCAAGAUGCGGAGCAUUGAGCUCAUACCGGAUGGCAAGACGAGGGCGUUCAUGCUUCAGCACAUUGCUACGGACUAG